UAUCCCCCAGCAUACCGAAUGCACAACAGACCACCUGGCGCUGUAUUUCCAGGCUUUGCAGGUGUACUGAUCUAUACGAACCUACUCAAAACUGACCUUUGUAUGUGUGAAUCCAGCACCUCGGCAAGCCUGCCCUGCACCUUCAACGUACCCCAAAAGCAAGGCGGCAACAGAGGACCCAGAGCCACGACGCUGAACCAGCUGCGCAAAGAAUACACUAGCAGCAGCACUCCUAUUCGAACCGAAGGCGAGCUCGAUAGGAAUCAUGCACGGAACGCGCAAGAGCACACGAUACCGCCGUUGUCGUCUACUGGCGGCUUGGGCCCGACCGAUUUAGAAGCACUCCCCAUUGAAGCCUGUAUAGAAGCUUACCUCGAUCGAAUCCACCCCAUUGUGCCGCUUUUAAACGAAGACCUCUUGCGGGAUGAAGUUUCAAAAGCCUCGAUUUCCCCGGCAUCGAAGCAGUUCGUCCUCUCGUUCUGCGCGUACGUCGUCACGUUUGGUAAAGUCCUGAGAGAACCUUCAGCUUCUCCAUCGUUAUCAUCGACAACAGCAGCAGCAACAUCGAUAUCCGACUUCGCCCUCGGACAACAACUCGUGGAUUCCGCUCUAGCUAUUCAAAAUCCCCAACGUAUCACGCAACCGAGUGGAUUAUCGGUGUAUAUAUCUUUUUUCUUGUACGGUGCGCACGCGGGCAUGGGCAUGUAUCGGCCAGGCUGGUUCUACCUCCGCGAAGCCACGACGCUGUUCAUGAUGCAGAAACCGGGUGAGAAGGAAUGGUUUACACCGGAGACUCACACCCGCGUGUUUUGGAUCUUAGUUGUGUCGGAGAGAGCCCACGCCAUCCGCCGCCAACGCCCUAUAACCCUCCAAAUCAACCCUUCCACCCCUCCCCCACCCCCGCCCCUAACCCCUCCAGACCGCAGCCUCCACCACCUAGCAACCCUCUUCCGCCCCUUUGACGAAUCCUUCUUCUCCCUCUGGAACGACGCCUCCCGCCGCGACUGCAGCAAAGACUGGCUCCUCUCCCUCGAAACCCGCGUCCGCACCGCGCUGCUGCCUCCGCUUUCUCUUCUAGACGACCUGUCUUGCGAUCAAUUGGCGAAUGUUCGAGUCUCGCAGCUGUGGCUGCAAGGCAAGCUUUAUGAGCUUUUCCCGAGGUUUGGGUUUUUGUCGAGUAGGGAGAGCGUGUAUGAGUGUUUGACGUUUGGGUAUCCGGUUGCGGUUGCUGGGGCGCUGUUGGAUCAUGUUGGUGGUGGAGAGGUGGAGGGGAACGGGAGGAUGACGACGACGACGAGGUUGCCGGCGCGGAGUUUGUGGGUUCAUGGCGUUGGUAUGACAGAGAAAAUCUUCGACAUAACUUGCGCCCUCACAGACGUUUUCCCUUUCCUCCCUCCCCACCUUCCCUCUACUACAACUCAUGCCUGCACAUGCUCCGCCACCUCAUCAUCACAACCCACGUCUCCUUCCAUCCCUCACCAUCCACCUGAAAAACCCCUCCAACAUCUCCGCACUCUGACGAAACUCCUGUCCACUCUCCCCUCGGGCCGCGAGAAAUUUGUACCUCUUCUUCUAGCUAAGAUACGAGGAUUGUUACAGCCUUGUGUAGUGGAGUAUAUAGCUAAGACUGUGGAAGAGGAUGAGGGGUUCUCUGAAAAUGGGAACGUGACGUUUAGGUAA